CUCUCUUUCUUACCUACCACCCACCACCCAAACGCGUCUUUUCCCUUCCCGCCUACCAUGCUCGAGGCAAAACUCCAGGAAGCCAGCGUUCUCAAGAAACUGCUAGAUGCUAUCAAAGAACUCGUCACUGACGCCAACUUUGAGUGCAAUGAGGAGGGCAUCAACCUCCAGGCGAUGGACAACUCACAUGUCGCGCUCGUCGCGGUGUUGCUCGAGGCCCCUGGCUUCAAGCGGUACAGAUGCGACCGACCAAUGCCUCUGGGCGUGAACCUUGCCAGCCUCACCAAGGUCCUCAAAUGCGCAAAGGACGAUGAUGAGUGUACAAUCAAGGCUGCUGAUGAGGCCGACGUGCUGAAUCUGGUAUACGAAGCCAAACACACGGACCGCAUAGCGGAAUAUGACAUGAAACUGAUGGACAUUGACUCUGACACGCUUGGGAUACCAGAAACCGACUAUGACGCGCGCGUGACAAUGGCGUCCACUGAGUUUGGCAGGAUCGUGAGGGACCUGUCUUUGCUCGGUGAAAGUGUGCGGAUCGAAGUCAGCAAGGAAGGUGUGAGGUUCGCCAGCGACGGAGAAGCCGCCAAUGGGAGCGUGCUUUUGAAGCCUACAGAAGGUGUUGGCAAAGUGCCGAAGAAGGAUGAAGACGCCGAGGAGGAACAAGGCGAGGAAGAGGCAAACGACGAUAAUGAGGAUGAGGAUGAAGCCGAGGACGGAAAGAAGAUUAAGAAAGAGAAGACCAAGGUAAAGAAAGAGAAGGAUACCGAAGAUGUGGAGAUGGACGGUGAAGAGGAAAAUGACAAUGAAAAUUUCAAGCCCGAGGGAGACGACGAUGAAGAGAAGGACUCUGAUGAUGAGGAGAGCGGGAAGAAGAGAAAGAAAAAGCAAGCGAACGGGGCGAGCAGCAAGAAAGCCAAGACCGUGGCAUCAUCUUCGAAAGGAAAGGGGAAGAAGAAGGAAAAGGAUGACGACAAAGACUUUGAAGGCGUCAUCAUUGAGUUGAACCAACACGUCUCACUGACGUUCUCGCUCAAGUACUUGGUCAACUUUUCCAAGAGCCAAAGUUUGUGCGCGAAGGUACAGCUGAUGAUGAGCAAUGAUGUACCACUACUGGUGUCUUAUGAGUUCGGGCAGGGGCACAUCCGGUACUACCUCGCACCAAAGAUCGGAGAUGAUUGAACGUGGACAUCUUCAAAAAUUUCAAUCUAUCUAUCAUAGUGUCUUCUCUUUUCUCUUCGCCUAUGUUGUGUUAUACAGUAUUUCUGUCUGGUUGCCGCAAUAACAGUGUUUUGUGUCUCAUCUAGCUGUUGGUUUGAUCUUUGCUCGCUAGUAAUGUUGCUUUAUGUGCAAGGGAAGAAUCGCUUUAUCAUAUACACAGGUCAUACGAACUUAGACAGAAUUUAUGCUUGGUCUAUGCUGGUUUCAAUAAUUCCAUCUGUACAUACUUAUCUUUCCAGAUGCACGUUCUCCCAUUCAGAAAGGGUCGGGUUUGUUGCGUUACGGAGAUA